AAGUGAAGGAGUUUCUGCCUGAGCUUUGAGAUAGUAGGAAGACGAGUUUUGCCAAGAGGCUUGCUGAUUUUAAUCUUUAGAUGUUGGCUGUCAGGCUUUGUCUGUGCCUCGCAUACCUCUGUGUUCCUAUGCAAGCACAGUCUUGGAAUCCAACAGUAAACUGAUUUUUUUUUUCCACUCUCCUCGGUACAGUGACAGAAACCUGGUAGCAAGGGUUUUGUGGUUUGGUCUCUUGUGAGGAUUAAGCACCCCUUCCAUUAGCGGGGACGCCUCCUGUGCUGCAGAAUCGGCCUUCAGGUCAAGGGAUUUCCUCUAAUAUGUUGGAUAAAGCCAAGACACUCCAGCCUACCUAUGUCGGGAUUGUGCCGCUUGCAGAGACUGUGGCAAAGCAAGGGAAGAGCUUUUCAAGCACAUAUCAGGAUUCAUACCACAGCUUGCGAGAAGUGCUGCAGUUGAAGCUCCAGCAGCGACGCACACGGGAGGAGCUGGUGAGCCAAGGGAUCAUGCCGCCUCUGAAAAGUCCAGCUGCAUUUCACGAACAAAGAAGGAGUCUGGAACGGGCCAGGACAGAGGACUAUCUGAAACGGAAAAUCCGGUCCCGGCCAGAGAGAUCAGAGCUGGUUAGGAUGCACAUUCUGGAAGAGACCUCAGCUGAACCCUCCUUGCAGGCUAAGCAGCUGAAGCUAAAGAGAGCCAGGCUAGCAGAUGACCUCAAUGAGAAGAUAGCACAGAGGCCAGGUCCCAUGGAGCUGGUGGAGAAGAACAUCUUGCCUGUGGAAUCCAGCCUGAAGGAAGCUAUAAUAGUUGGACAGGUGAACUACCCAAAGGUUGCAGACAAUUCCUCCUUCGACGAGGACAGCAGUGAUGCCCUCUCCCCAGAACAGCCAGCCAGCCAUGAGUCCCAGGGGUCUGUCCCAUCGCCGAUGGACUCACGGAUUUGUGACCCUCUCCCUAGCACCACUGGCACAUCACUAGCUCAGGGUACAUCCCAAUUGCAGAUUAGUGCAGACUCCAAUGAAACACUUUUCCUUCCUGAACAGCCACCCCCGCCUCUGCCACCUCCACCUCUUCUGCCCCCCAGUCUUACCAAUGGAGCAGCUCUUCCUGCUGCCAAGCCCCCACCGACGCUCAUUAAGCAAAGCCAGCCCAAGUCUGCUAGUGAGAAGUCUCAGCGCAGUAAGAAAGCCAAGGAGCUGAAGCCGAAAGUCAAGAAGCUUAAAUAUCAUCAGUAUAUUCCCCCGGACCAAAAGCAGGACAAGGGAGCUCCUCCCAUGGAUUCAUCCUAUGCCAAAAUACUGCAGCAGCAGCAACUCUUUCUCCAGCUUCAGAUCCUCAACCAGCAGCAGCAGCAGCACUACAACUAUCAGACCAUCCUGCCAGCUCCACCAAAGCCUCCAGGAGAGCAGCAGACUGGUGCCAGUGCCCCAGCCGUACGCAGUCUCUCUGCUGCAGUCAAUAGCACAUCUUCGGUAUCUUCUGGUUCCGGUGGGCUGAUGCGACAAAACAGUAAUGCUGCAGUGGGCAAGCCAGGCCCUCUCCCUGCCAACCUGGAUGAGAUGAAGGUGGCAGAGCUGAAGCAAGAGCUGAAGCUGAGGGCCUUGCCUGUCUCGGGCACAAAGACGGAACUGAUUGAGCGGCUCAGAGCUUACCAAGAGCAGAACGGCGCAGCCGGCCAAACAGCCUCCACUCCCAAGCCCAGCACAGCAGCCAUUCUCCCCAAAGCUGCUGAGGUGGUGGUUGCUUUCCCAGCUGCCAGGCUGAGCACGGGGCCAGCCCUAGUCACCACUGGCAUCGCACCAGCGGAAGUAGUUGUGGCCACGGUCACUGGUGGCGGCGUGAUGAAGUUUGGCAGCACCGGCUCGACUCCACCUGUUUCUCCCACUCCUUCAGAACGCUCACAAAUGAGCACAGGGGAUGAGAAUUCAGCCACUGGGGACACCUUUGGAGAGAUGGUGACUUCGCCUCUGACCCAACUCACCCUGCAGGCGUCUCCAGUGCAGUUCCUGGUGAAGGAAGAGAGCUCCAAGUCUGCCUCCUGCAGCGUCAGCGCGGCACCCAGGUCGGAGCGGUGCAGCACAGGGAACAGCAGGGAUGCAGAAGUUAGGGACAAAGAUCAGAUGCUGCAGGAAAAGGACAAACAGAUUGAGGAGCUCACCCGCAUGCUGAAGCAGAAGCAGCAGUUGGUUGAGAUGCUCAGACUGCAGCUGGAGCAGGAGAAACGCGCUCAGCAGUCGCUACCAGCCCCGGCGGCUGUGGGAGAAGGAACAGCUCUCGCCUCCAAUCCCGUAGCGUUUGGUAUCCAGGUCAAGAGUGAAAAUGGUUUCCCGAGCUGCCAGUAUGCAAAGCAAUCCAGUGGCCAAACCGACCAAUUCAAUCCCACACCAACCUCUAGCCAAAUGGACACUUCGAACCCAAGCCCAGUGCCAAAGAAAGCCGUGAUGGUGAAGCAGGAGGUGCCAGCCACAGAAGCAGAGCCGCCGUGCCAGUCCCACAGCCCGCGGCUGUUCGUUGGCCAGCAAGGGAGCGACCUGAUCAAGGGCACUCCUCCCCCAACCCUCAUCACCGACUCCACAGGGACCCACAUCGUCCUCACCGUGACCAAGCAGAGCGCUGAGAGGCAGGGCCUCUCACCCCAGGGGAAGGCAGUGAGCAGCUGCCCGACCCCACAGAGAGUACAAUCAUCGCCCACUAAAACUUCCAGCCAACCGCAGUGUCAGCCACCUGCAAGCACUCCUCAGCAGCCCACACCACAGCAGCAGCAGCAGCAGCAGCCCAGAGGCCUGAACCAACCUGUCAGAAAGCCCUCAUCCCAGCCCAGCUCUCCUGCCGCCCCCUCCCCUUCCCAGAUGGACCUGGAGCAACAGCAGCAGCAGCAGCAGCAGCAGCAGCAGCAGAAGCAGCAGAAGCAGCAGCAUACGUCGCUUUUUGGACCUCCUCCACCACCUCUCCCUGUCCCCUCAGUCCCACUGAAAGAGCCACCGGGCUAUGAAGAGGCCAUGAAGCAGCAGCCAAAGACCCAGGAGAAUGGCUGUUCCAGCCAGCAGAUGGAUGACUUGUUUGACAUUCUCAUAGAAAGCGGAGAGAUUUCUGCUGACUUCAAGGAUCAGUCAUCCCCAGCUGGAAAAGAACCACCUGCAGCCCCGGCCUGCUCCUCACCGCCCAGCAGCCACCAUUCCUCAGAGCUGGCGGUGCCGGUGUCGCUGGGGCAGACGGUGCCCGUGGGGCGGCUGGAGGACUUCCUGGAGAGCAGCACCGGCCUCCCGCUGCUGACGGCAGGCCACGACGGGCCUGAGCCCCUGUCCUUGAUCGAUGACCUCCACAGUGAGAUGCUGAGCAGCUCGGCCAUCCUGGACCACCCGCCUUCACCCAUGGACACCUCGGAAUUGCACUUUGCUCACGAGCCGUCCGGGGGCAUAGCCUUGGAUCUGGCUGAGGCUAAUUUGGACAGCAUGGACUGGCUGGAGUUGCCAGGGGGAUCUGUCAUGAGCCUGGCCCCCCUCAGCACCACGGCUCCCAGCCUCUUUUCCACAGACUUCCUUGAUGGACAUGAUCUGCAGCUGCACUGGGAUUCGUGCUUGUAACUCUGUGAGCAGAGACUGAAGGGAAUGGGUGCGGGAGGGCACGGGCAUGCAGGGGGAAGAGGCCAGUCAACCAAAAGAAACCCCAGAAACAAAAGAAAAGAAAAAAAAAAGGAGCUCCUAGUAUCCAUACUCCUCUCCCCACAGUGUUCCUCCUCUAUGAAGCCAGCAGUAGCAGCAAAGGCAGACCCAUGGCUUAAACCACUGCCAGCAGAGCAGUGAGGUCAGGAGAAUGGCUGCAGCUCUGGGUCGAGAGCAGAGCUGGCAGCCCCGCUCCCUCCUGCAGGAUGUGGGCAUAGAGCUGCAGGUAACAAAUGCUUCCUGCAGCAAGACAGUGUGCGACCGGACCCCAGCCCUUCUGAAAGCAGUAUCCCACUCCUUGCUGGCAGAUCUGGGGCAUUAAGCUGCCCCAGUUAAUGGUUGCGGAAGGGGAUUAUUCUACCUCUGGAGCAGGGCACAGAGGAGGGAGCUGCCAGGAGGGCUGCCUGCUGCCCCUGUGCCAUCCGUCAGGGGUCACCUCUGCCACAGGGCUGUAAGGAACAGGCAGAACAGGCACCUUUUCCAAAUACAGCCAAAGGAAACCGGAGUUUCCCACCAACCUGGUACUCUCUGAGGUGGUUUCUUAAGUCCUGCUGAGCUUGGCAAAGGCUGCCCACUUGCUUCACUUGCUUUGGGCUGCAAAAAUAGACUUUUAAGGUGCUAAAAUCCAGGUUAGAUCUGUCCUCCACUGACCCAGGUCUCCAGCUCUGCCUGGAAUCAGCCUGCAGCCACUCUGUUCACUGCCCCCAAGCUGAGCAGGGCAUCAGCCCACUGUCCCGGGGAGUGCAGAGGGGCACAGCUGCCAUCAAGUAACAUAUCAUUAAGGGCCACGUGCAAUCUUUCUCCUGCCUUCAGCUGUGCUACUGCCUCCCUGCAGCAGGUGACCCAGGUGUAAAGAAGAGCUCCUCCCACCUCCAAAACUGCCCUCCAGCCCCAAGGAGGGAAGGAUGUCAGCCUCAGCAGCAAGGAAAGGGAAGAGGCACUGCUGAGAGGGUUUGUGCUAGCUCAGGAGUGCAACUGUGGGGGGCCCCUUUCUGAGGAGAACAGAUGGGCUUCUGUCUCUGCUUGCUGUGCCCACACCUCAGUGUUAAGAGGCAAACACAGCAAUCAGCUGUGGCCUGGUACCUCCAUUCCUGUACACUUGCAGCCCCACGGUACUCACUGUCAGGAACUGACCUGGCAGCUGGUUGAGCUCACACUUGCAGUGCAGCUGGGAGAAAGUCCUGCCUUCCUGAGCCUGAUCUGCUUGUCAGCUACAUGGGGAGCCACUUUCUUAAUCAUUUGUGGGGGAUGCCUGCUGACAGCUGCCUUUCUGCCCCCACUCCUUCUGUUGCCCAAGCCCCAGUCCCAUCAUAAAAACCAGUAACUGGGACUGGGGGACCACCCCUGCCCUUUCCCUCCACUCUUGCCUUCCUCACUUCUCAUUUCUCAGGCCCAGCACGAUUUUGGUGGUUGGGCGUUGUGUGUACUGGGAAGCAGGAACCUGGCACAGGGGAGCAGAGGCAGGAGCACAUUAGAAAUCAUGUUGCAGAGCUCUCGCAGCACGGGCCCUGACUCUGCUUUGAGAUAUGAGCAAGGACAGUAUUAGAGCCCCCCCAGGACAGCUGACUGGCCAUGGGACCACAUGGCACAGGAGGCAGACAGCAUAGGAGAAAAGUAUGGCAGGGGAGCAGGGAGGGGGCAGGAAGAUCUUUCCUCCAUGAAGUAUUUCACAUGUUAAGGAGGAAAAAUGAGGCUGCCUUUUCCUCAAACUCAAGCAAAAUCAGCUGCUUUUAGCCUUCAGAGAGUAGCAGCUCCCUCAAAAAGAAACACCUGCGUGAUUUCUUUGGUACAAAUAAUCACGAAGUGGCAACCAGCAAAUAAAGAAUGAAAGUAUCCAAGUGCAAUUUGCUCCUACAGAAGGUGGGAGCAUUCCACCUGCACCCCAGGCCUGACUCAGCUAUGGAUCUUUGUGCUGGGCCGGGGCCCCCAGUCCUUGCUGGCAGAGCUGCCAGCGCCCCUUACUGGUUUCACCCUUCCCCUGGGUGAGUGGCAAAAGGCUCAGUUCCUAUGCACUGCUGUUCGCCUUUGCUUACCCUCCUCCCCUUGCAAAAGCUGUAGGAAUACAUUACAUUGGCCCAAUGUACUUGAAACCAGCUGAGGAACGCAGCGAGCCUGCCAGGGCCCUCUGCACAAAGGGCUUCUGCCAGCACAGCAGCGAUAACCUGGUAGCUAAGGGCAGUGGAACGGGGCGUCUCAUCCCAGAAAAUAGAGGUCUUUUCCCCAAGAUGUGCCCAGAGCAGGCUAGCCCAGUUCUCUGCUUUCUUACUAUUAUUUGUUUGAAUAAUAGUUCAAUAGUUCUUUGUUGGAAGAGGUAUUCCCCUGGACAUACAUUUCUGCACCCACUGGGAGAAACAAAAAGUCUGAUGUUCUGCCUCUACCUUGAAUGUAAUCCUGAAUCUUUCUGCUGUAACCACUACUUGUUUGUAACGUGUAUUUGACUAGCACGAACUCUCCCUUCCACUAUGCAGCAAACGGCGAGGGGUGAUCGGCACCGUCUGAGACGGAUGGUGUUGGGGUGUCGGAUCCAGAGCGAGUAUUCAACUGGAAAAGGAUAAGAGUGACAAGUUAAUGGGGGAGAGAAUGGAUCUUUAAAUUGAAUUAUUUUUUCAGUUACAAAUAUUUGAAAGAAAAAAAAAACAUUUUAUUAAAAAAAUUCCAAACGGC